AUGUCUAUUUUAAGCAAUCUAAAUAUGUCUUAGAUUGCUUAAACACUUGCGUAAUUUUGCACUGAUUUUUGUCUUUUCCGUGAUUUCUGUCUGUUUUUCACGGUUCUUUACAGUGGAAAUGGAACAAAGGAACUAUACAAGAGUUACAGAGUUCAUUUUGUUGGGAUUGUCACAAACCCACGAAGUUCAGAUGAUUCUCUUCUUCCUCUUCCUACUCUUUUACAUGAUCAUUCUGCCAAGCAACAUCCUUAUUGUUCUCACAAUUCACAGUGAUUCCCAACUGGGAUCCCCCAUGUACUUUUUCCUGGCCAAUUUGGCCUUCUUGGACAUCUGCUACUGCUCUGUCACCCCACCCAAAAUGUUAGCUGACUUCUUCUUACCCUGUAAGACCAUCUCCUACAGUGCCUGCAUGGCUCAGCUUUUCUUCCUCCACUUCCUGGGAGCAGCUGAAGCUUUCCUGCUCAUGGCCAUGGCCUAUGACCGCUAUGUAGCCAUUUGCAAACCUCUCCACUACACCAGACUUGUGAACCGAAGGGUAUGCUGUGUCCUGGUUGGAGCUUCGUGGGGCGGGGGCUUCAUCCAUGGUAUCAUUCUAUUUGCUCUCACCAUUCAUCUCCCUUUCUGUGGCCCCAACAUCCUGGACAACUUCUUCUGUGACAUCCAUCAGCUGGUUAAGUUGGCCUGUGCUGACACCUACAUGGUGGAGCUUCUGAUGUUCCUCAACAAUGGUGCGGUCAUCAGCAUGUGCUUUGCACUUCUCCUCAUCUCUUACACUGUCCUGUUGAUGAAGCUCCAGACACAGUCCUCCAAGGGAAAGAGCAAAGUAGCUUCAAACUGCAUUUCCCACAUUAUUGUGGUCUUUGUCAUGUGUGGCCCAGCUAUGUAUAUCUAUGGCUUACCCUUCCAAGCUGUCCCGAUGGAAAAAGUUGUUGCUGUUUUCCAUACGGUCAUCUUCCCCUUGACCAAUCCCAUGAUCUACACCUUGCGGAACGGGGAGAUCAAAAGCUCUAUGUGGAAGUUUGUCCAAAAACACAUACUUUAGUGUGGAAAAUUAAAUAUUUUGAU